GAAGGAUGGCUGCUAUUGCUCUCACCGGACGAAGAGUCGCGGGAGGGCCAGUGUUCCGUUGUUUAUACAUAUACCCCAGUUAAUGCCCAGGAAGACUCGUAAGGAGAAUUCCAACUCUUGGAGCGACUCUUCAACUCGUUGCUUUGCUGGGUCAGCGCCAUGGAUCCAUCAACUGAAGAACAAUUCCCCGCGCAAGAGAAAGACCUCGAAGUUCGCGAUGACACCUCGACCGAUACGCCCAAAAGCAGCCCUGCUGAGACUACCGAAGACGAUGAAGACCACUUCAUGUCGGGUGCAAAACUACAUCUGCUCGUCCUAGGACUCAGCCUGGCAUGUUUUCUGAUGGCCUUGGAUAUGGCAAUCAUUACGGUCGCCAUUCCUGAGAUCACGGAGAAGUUCCACUCUACUGCAGAUAUUGGAUGGUACGUGAGUGCCUACCUACUCACUCUGUGCUCCCUCCAACCCCUGUCGGGGAAGCUGUACUCGAACUUUUCUCUCAAGUGGACAUUUAUGGCUUUCCUUCUUCUCUUCGAGAUCGGAUCGGCCAUUUCUGGUGCUGCUACCUCAUCGACCAUGCUCAUUGUUGGCCGCGCGGUAGCCGGCAUGGGUGCCGCCGGACUGAUGAGUGGAACACUAUCCAUCCUUGCCGUUGCUGUUAGCGUUCGUCUUCGAGCCGCGUAUACUGGAGUUAUCAUGAGCAUGUUUGGGCUUGCGGUCGUUGUGGGGCCAUUGGUUGGUGGUGCUUUCACACAGCAUGUGUCGUGGCGAUGGGUGUUCUACGUCAAUUUGCCCAUCGGGGCAGCAACGGCAUCUGUCUUAUUUGUAUUCUUCCGCCCUCCUACUCGAAAAGCAGAGCUCGAUCCUCUGAAAGACCGAAUUGCCCGGCUCGAUCUCGUUGGAGCAGCCCUCUUCAUCCCUGCAGUCAUCAUGCUCCUUAUGGCCCUUCAAUGGGGUGGCUUGACCUACCCGUGGAACUCCGGACGCAUUAUUGGGCUGCUCGUUGGCGGGGUUGUCUUGGUGAUAAUCUUUGGCGUGUGGCAAUGGCACAAGGGCAAGGAAGCGAUGAUUCCGCCUCCGAUAUUCCUUCAGCGCUCAGUAUUCUGGGCGUGCAUCACUGCUAUGUGUAGUAUGGGCACCAUGGUCAUGCUAGGCACUUGGAUGCCUGAGUGGUUCCAGGCUAUCAAGGGAGUCUCUCCUGUUCAGUCGGGUGUGAAUCUUCUACCCUCUAUGAUCGCUCAGGUCAUUGCAUCCGUCUCAGCCGGCGCGUUGAUCACCAUCCUCGGGUACUAUAACCCGUUCAUCAUCAUCGGAACGAUCCUACUCGCUAUCGGCUCUGGGCUCUUCACCACCUUCACCAUCGACACAGGAAGCUCGAAAUGGAUCGGGUACCAGGUAAUCUUCGGGCUCGGCUCAGGUUUCUUCGUCACCAGCCCUCUUGUCGCCAUCCAAGCUGUGCUAAGCGCCAAAGACACCCCCGUCGGCAUCGCCAUCGUCACCUUCUUCCAAAUGUUCGGCAGUGCCUUUUUUGUCGCCCUCUCACAAACCGUCUUCAAUGAGCAGCUGCUGAAGCAACUGGCCAAGAAUGCACCAGACGCGAAUGUUGGUGCUCUACUAGCGGCCGGCACAGCGAGACUGCAUCUUGCGGUGACGCCAGAGCAGCUGCAUGGUGUGCUGCUUAGCUACAACAGGGCGCUCUUGGAUCCUUUUUACCUGGGUGCGGGUAUCUCCGCGCUGGCGACGUUCUGCUCGCUGGGCAUCCAAUGGGUAAACGUCAAGGGGAAGGAGUUGAGCCCGGGGGCCGCGUAGCCUGAACUUUUGCGGCAACGUUGUCUUGUAUAUCUCUCCCGCGACUCACACAAUUUCCCUCACUGUUUUGACCAUAUUACAUUAGACU